AACCAGUUGUAAAAAAAUAUUAGUGUUAGUAUGAAAUCUCUCCUCUUAAGAACCGGAUCUGUUCAGCCCCACGCGCCGCUUACUCCCGGCGGUUCAUCGAAACUCUCUCUCUCUCGAUCCAGUUCAGUCACUAGUUUUCUCUCCGGCGAGAAAAACAGCUCGAGCUCCCCGAAUAUCUCGCUGCAUUUGGACAUCAACCGCCGCAGUAGCAGAGACGCGCCAAUUCGGCGCGCUUUUUCAGAAGCGGACAUCGUCAGAUCGGAGACGGAGAUUUUCGGUAGCUUUCCGGCUAGUAUAGUGGAGGAGGAGUCCUUGGAUUUGAAUUUUGAUGGAUUGUUAUGGAGUGAGAGUGGCGGUGAUGGAUUUGGGAAAGGAAAGAACUCAGGCGGUGGUGGCGGUGCUGGAAGCGGCGGCGCAGAUGACUUAAGGAAAAUCGGUGAUAAUUACAAAAAAAUGUUGAAGUCUAAUCCUAGUGACUCAUUGCUGCUUAGAAACUACGGCAAAUUUUUGCAGGAGGUGGAGGGAGACAUGGAAAAAGCAGAAGAAUAUUAUGGGAGAGCAAUAUUAGCAAAUCCUGGAGACGGGGAAGUGUUAUGUUUGUAUGGGAAAUUGAUUUGGGAUCAUCAGAAAGAUGGUGAGAGAGCUAAAUCUUAUUUUGAUCAAGCUCUUUCUGCCUCUCCUCACGAUAGCAUGGUGAUGGGAUCAUAUGCACAUUUUAUGUGGGAAGCCGAGGAAGACGAAGAAGACGAUGACGUGAAUAGCAAGGUUCUAGGAGGACCCUUUGCCAAGAAACAUAAAGUUGAAUGGCUUUAGCCCUUUUAAAGAGGCAAAAUAUUGUUAACUUCAAUAACAAAAAUAAAUAAUCAAAAUGCACUUUACUUGAAAUAGGCUCUACUAAUAGAAAUUACUAAGACAUGGAGAGAAAUAUUGAUAUUAAUAUAAAUAUAAAUAUAUAUAAUGUAUCUGUUUGGAUCUAAGGUUACAACUGUGUACUCAAUAAUGUUGUUGACAAUGUUAUCAUAAGUUGAGAAAUAUAAAAUUUUAUAAAAUGAGUUGUUUCCUCU